CAGAGUUUGAGUGCUCGGCGCUGUACGGGCCGAGCUGGGAUGUGAGUGAUCGGCUCUGCACGGGACGAUUCGGGGUGCAGGUGUUCGGGGCCCUGCGGGUGGGUUGAGGUGUGUGUGCUCGGCGCUGUACGGGAUGGAACUGGGAUACAUGUGCUCGGCGCUGUAUGGUGUGGGUUGAGGUGCAUGUGUUGGGCAGUGUACGGGCGGGUUUGUGCGUGUGCUCGGCGCUGUACGGGACGGGUUCGGGAUGCGGGUGGUCGGUUCUGUGUAGGACGUGUUGCGGUGCGUGUGCUCGGCGCUGUAUGGGACGUGUUGGGGUGCGUGUGCUCGGUGCUGUACGGAACAGUUUCAGGGUGCAGGUGCUCGGCGCUGUACAGGAUGGGUUCAGGAUGCGAGUGCUCGGCACUGUACGGGACAUGCUGGGGUGCGUAUGCUCGACACUGUACAGAACAUUUUGGGGUUUGGGGUGCUCGGUGCUGUACGGGUCGGGUGUGGGGUGUGCGUUCUUAGCACUGUACAGGGUGGGUUCUGGUGCACGUGCUCGACGCUGUACAGGCCGUGUUGAGGGGGGGGUGCUUGGCGCUGUACAGGACGAGUUUAGCGUGCGUUUGCUCAGCGCUGUACGGGUAAGUUUGAUGUGUGUGUGCUCGGUGCUGUACACGGGGGUUCGGGGUGCAUGUGCUUGGUGCUGUAUGGAUGAGUUCAGAGUGUGAAUGCUUGGCGCUGCAUGGGUGGCGUUUGGGGCUCGUGUGCUCAGCAUUUUAUGGGUGGGUUUGGAUGGGAUGUUUCGGGGUCUCGGUGCUUGGAGCUAUACAGGUGGCUUGAGGUGUGCGUGCUGGAUGCUGUAUGGGCCAUGUUGGGGUGCAUGCUCAGUGCUGUAUGGGCCAUGUUGGGGUGCGUGGCUUGGCGCUGUACAGGCUGUGUUAGGGUGUGUGUGCUCGGCGCUGUACGGACCGGUUCAGGGUGCAGGUGCUUGACGCUGUACAAGCUGUGUUGGAGUGCGUGUGCUCAGUGCUGUAUGGGAUGUGUGCAUCUCUCUGUAUGCACAAGUUCAGGGUGCUGGUGCUCGACGCUGUACGAGGCGGGUUGGAGUGCGUGUGCUCGGCGCUGUGCAGACAGGUUCAGGGUGCAGGUGCUCUACGCUGUUCAGGAUGGGUUGGGGUGCAAGUGCUCAGUGCUCCACGGGCCAUGCUGGGGUGCGGGUGCUCGGCGCUGUACGGGAUGGGUUGGCAUGCAAGCGCCCGGUGCUGUACGGGCCGUGUUGGGGUGCGGGUGCUCGGUGCUGUACGGGACAGGUUAGCAUGCGAGCACUCAGUACUGUAUGGGCCGUGUUGGGGUUCGGGUGCUCGGCGCUGUACGGGAUGGGUUGGCAUGCAAGCGCCCGGUGCUGUACGGGCUGUGUUGGGGUGCGGGUGCUCGGUGCUGUACGGGACGGGUAGGUGUGCUUCUGUUCAGUGCUGUACAGGGAGGGUCCGGGGCUUUUGCUUCCUGCCUGCUCGGCGGCCCCACACUGGGGCGGGUUGAGCUUCCUGGGUCAGCGGCAGCAGCGGAGCAGGAGCCAUCUGCACCGGGCCGCGCGGCAGCAGCCCGGGCUCUGGACCCCCGCGCUGGGGCCCUGCGGAAACGGCACCGCUUUGCAGGCUGGCUUGGGAAGUUUCCUCGGUGCCCUCUGUUCCCCAGCAGAGCCUCUCAGGAAUGCUCCGAGCACCUUCCUCUGCCGCCACACAUCUUGGUCUCCCACCCUGCUGCCGGCUUGGUGGGGAAGCGGACUGAUCUCGAGCCCCUUCAAUGCCAUGCGUGGGAUCCAGCUCUAUGGCUCGCAGCACCAGCACUCUCUAGGCUGAGCUGAGUCUUGCCUGGAUCAUGCCAAAGCGGAAAUGCAAAUUUACCGAGGAGCUCCAGGCCAAAUACCCCUGCUUCCGUGUGGGCCGGGAGAGAUGGGAGGCCGAGUGCUUGGUGUGCCAGCAGGGCACCUACGUCUCCGUGGCCAACAAGGGCUCCCUUGACCUGGAAGCCCAUGUGCAGUCCAUGAAGCACAAGAGGAACAUGCUGGCAGCUAAGCUGACCGGCUGCUUCCUCCCCACUGACUGCCAGCCCUUCGAUGCGGCAUCUGAAAGUGCCCUAGGCUUCUCCACUGCUGUGCUCCCAGACUGCUGCGACUCCUUGGCUGGCUCGCCUGGUGUGGCCAAGAUGCCCGAGCCUAGCAUAGACUUGGGCUUGCAAAUCAAGACAGAGGCAAGGUUGGAGGAGGCGCUGGCUCCUUUUGGGCUGGACCGUGGUGUGGGGGACCCACUGGAUGGGAUCUUGUUCUGUGGAGUGGCCCUGGGUGUCAGCGCUGGUGACGGGGGGACACCCUUUCCCAUCCAAAUGCGGUAUUUUGACUGGAAGAGGGGUGGCCUGCAAACAAGGGUGAUGGCCAUGGAGCUGGAGCCAGGUGAGCCAGCGCCUGCCGCCACCAUGCUCUCUUGGGAGAUCCUGGAGAGGCAGGGUCUGCGUCAGAAAUGUGUCGCGAUAGUGGGUGACAGCCGUAACACCAUGUUCGGGGGGCUGGGGCCAGCUGAUAGCCCGGCUGAUGUCCCGGGGCUGCGAGAGCUUCUGAAAGGCGCUUUCAUUGCCACUGACUGCCCCGCGCACAUCCUCAGCAAUUGCAUCCAGCAUGGGGCAGAUAGCCUGGAAGUUGACAUCCAGUCCGUUGUCUGGAAGAUCUACACCUACGUCUCAGUCUACGCCGUGUGUGUGGAGCCAUUGAAAGACUUCUUGGAGUUUGCCAAAAGGGAGUACCGGCGGUUACUGUAUCAUGGCAGGACACCCUGGCUGCUGUUGCUUCCGGCAAUCACCCGGCUGCUCCAAGCAUUUCCAGUCUUGAAAUCUUUCUUCCUCUCCCUUAAUAAGCCCCCCUUUGCCAUCAAGAGCUUCUUUGAGGAUGACUUCAGUGAGAUCUACUUGCAGCACCUGGCCUCGCAGGUGGCUGUCUUUGACAUGCACCUCAAAACCCUGGCGAGGGAGGACAACUCCCUUUCGGAGGUGCUUGGCGUCUUGGCCUCAGUCCGUCGCACCCUCCUGGAGCGCCGAGCCCACAACUUCAUGUCGCUGCGGGUGAAGGAGCUACUGGCAGAGAGGCGUGCUGCUGGGAGGGAUGGGCAGUGUGAUGCCUUCUGUCGCUGCGUGCAGAGCCUCUAUGUGGCUUUCCUUGAGUACCUGGAUGCCCAGAUGGGGCAGUUCGACGCGCUUUCUUGUUUCCAGUGGAUGCAGCUGCGGGAGCCUCCAUCAUGGGAGGAUGUGGAGACUUGCAUCAAAUACUUGACAGACCAUGGAGUCGUGGUGGACGACACCUGCCUUUCUCCAGCGAGUUGGUUGGAGCGGUGCCCCUCUGUUCCCCGCAGACAUCUGAACACUGCCUAAGAUGAGCUCUCUUUUUGUGCGGAGUGUGGAAAUCCAGAUAGCCAACAAAACUCGGAAUGUGACCCUGCAUACCCCCAGGAGCUACUGCUACAGUGGCUACAGCUAUAUACCACCUACUCCCAAGAUCCCCCCUGGCACCAUGGAAAGCUGCCAAUUUUCUAACGUACCAAUCAGCUUCCGGGGAAGUGUGGGGGUCCUGAUGUAUGAGGCAGACACCUUCACGCUGGCCAUCCUCUUCUCCAACCCCUAUAACUACAACAUUUUCCCUAUGGAGGUUGCCCUGGAGAUCUCCAUGGAAAAAACCCAUCUUGGCAACUUGGAGGAUGUCUACAAGAGGAUGUACAAGAGCCUGCCCACGAGCAACACUAAUGGCACCACCUUCCAGCGAGCCAUGCUCCGUGCAUGCCAGGAGAGCCUCAGGGUCUCCACCAACCAUGUGCAGGUCAUGGCCAGCAUGUCCAACUCUGCUAACUCAGUCAUCAAAGUAAUUGUGGAGGAUAAAGAUAGUCCCCCGCCAUAUUCAGACCAAGCAUUACCCGAUAGUCUUCGGCAGUAUCAGCCUCAGCCGAAGAAUUGGAAGGACCUGAUGAAAGGCAAGUCAGGCAGGUGAUACGUACUUUCUGUUUUGACUCUUGCAUGCUUUUGAUGCCAGGCAGCCAUGCUUCUCUCAAUAA